UGCCACGUGUGCAAUGAGGAGGACGAGGACGAGGAGGACUUCAUUGUGCAGUGUGGCAAGUGCAAGCUGUUUGUGCACAUGUGCUGCUACGGCAUCCGGCAGGCGCCCCACGGCAAGCUCUGGCUCUGCGACGUGUGCAGCCUGAGCCUGGAGAAGCCGCCGCCCUGCGCGCUGUGCCCAGUCCUCGGCGGCGCGCUGAAGCGCACCACAUGCGGGCGCUGGGCGCACCCCACCUGCGCGCUGUGGCUGCCGGAGACGAGCCUGGAUGCCACCGCCAGCCACCACCUGCUGCACGGCCUGGUGCAGGGCGUGCAGAAGGUCCACCGCUCCCGCUUCCAGCUGACUUGCCAGCUGUGCAGGCAGCAGCACGGCGCGUGCAUGCAGUGCUGCGAGACGCGCUGCUACGCCGGGUUCCACCCGCUGUGCGCCCGGCAGGCGGGAUACCAGAUGGAGGUG